UGACGUCUCUAAGAAUUAGCUUUAGAUUAAUAUUAUUCCCUGAUAAAAUAAAGCUUGGACAAGAAUUAUCUUAUCUGCUCAUGAACUUGAUUUGCCUGAUAACCCUGCUAUCAAUAUGUGGUCUAUCAGAAACUUCACUCUGCUAUAUACAGCACUUGGGAGCUGUGGCUAUUUCAAUAGCUGAGGUGCAUCAGCGGCAAGCAGUAUCUUGUCCGUCUGGCCACAUUGCUAAAUGCUGCCCGUUUCUUGUCCCAACUAAUGUCCUUGGGACCCAGCUGACAGGGAAUGUCGCCUGCUCAUUAUUGCUUGCAGCACGCAUACUUAGAUCGGCAUUUUAGGGCAAUUUUCUAGGCAUUGAAUCCCAAGUGGGGGUUAUCAGCUUGUGAUUGGGUUUACGAUGCAGGGGGAUCAACACAGCAGGUUGAAGUCCUACAAACUUAUAUCCUACAUACAACCUUGUCACAUACGCUUGUGUGCUUGAGCAAAGAUAUAGUUAA